AUGGCCUUCCACGGCCCUACAUGGCAUCCUCUGACUCUGCUGCUCGCAUCUCUCGUUGUGCAGGUAUUUUCCCUCUCUAUUUCUGAAACACCGUGCGACAACUGUGAACCACGAACAUGUUCAGGGGCUUCCAGCAAGCAACGUUAUAUUGGAUACUACGAGUCAUGGCAUCGUCCUCGUGGGCCCGGUAUACAUGAGCGAUCGGAGAUCAAUGUGGAGCCCUGGACUCAUCUCUACAUGCCUUUCAAUCCUUUUGGCCCCGGUUAUUCUUUUGUUGCCCCCUAUGACACCUGGUUUCGUAAAUCCUGGAAAGACUUUACUGAUCUGAAGAUCAAAAGGCCGUCCCUCAAGACAUACUUAUCCGUAUAUCAUUAUUUGAACGAAGAAAAUCAAUGGCCCAACAUAACUCGCUCUUUUGAGAAUCGGAAGUUUUUCAUUGACCAGUUCGUGAAACACAUGGAAACGUACGGAUUCGACGGUCUUAAUCUUGACUUGUCGACUAUAUAUAUACCAGAUUAUUCGCCUGAUGAGGCCAAGAACUUCGUCACCUUGCUGAAGGAGCUUCGCGAGUCAUUUGGUGAUAAGUAUGAUCUAUCAGCUGCCGUCGAGGCCACAGAAUGCGGUCUCAAGGGUCACGACCUCUCUGGAAUGGCUGAACAUCUUGACCAUCUCACUUUCUUUUCAUUCUCUCGCACCAAAUGCGCGAGACGACAGCCACCAAAAACGGAAAUGGAUAGUGCAUCUGGUAUCGAACUUAGCCUCAGACUCUUACGGCAAGCGAAUAUCGAGCCGAAUAAACUUUCCAUGGCAUUGGAUUUGACUGCUGAUACAGACAAAUUUGAAGAUCCAAAGUGCAAUACUGCAGGAUGCCCUUCAGUACCAAAUCCUUUCGUUAAUACUCCGGGUUUCACUUCAUAUGAAAUUGAACGUCUCAUUGAACGCGAGUCACCAGAAAUACACUAUAAUGAGUCCAGUGCUUAUAGUUGGUUUAUCUACCAUGAGAAGGACCACGACUUCGAUGAGGAUCGAUUGGUCAGAUUCAAGAAUGCCGAAGCGUUGAAGAAAAGGGCCGAUCUUGCCAACAAACAUUGUCUCGGCGGCCUUUUCGCCUCGUCCACAAGCAACGGUGGACCGGCGUCUCUGGCAAACCCUAAUGAUUUAGAUCCGUCUGAUACGAGCAUGCGAGGCGCGCGUCUGGUCAUUCCAAGCUGCAUUACAAUGGCGACGCCCUUCACUAUGAGCACACAGAGCGCCAAUAUGAGUACUGAAACAAGUCACAGCGACGCUGACACUAAUGACAAUACCAAGGGCUUAUCCUGCCAUCCUGCGAUUGGUAGUGUCCACGUUCCAAUUGCUCAGCUGGAUUGUGAUUCUAACAGUACUUCACCUGCUUCUCACAACUCUGAUGCACCAGUUAAUGCCGAAGAGGGUGCCACUAGCUCUUCCCUCGCUGCUCCCCACGAAACUGGCACCCCCGACGAACACAAUGCAACGGGUCCUAAGCCCAUUCCUACUGUUGCCCACCGAAUUGGUACUCCGAUUAAUAGCACAGAGAAGGCUGACGAUGAGAGUACCACUCCUGAUGAGCCCACAGCUGCUCCCUGA